AACAGGAAGCAGGAGAAGCUGGACAGCCGCGCCAGGCUCAGGGAGCCAUUUAAACGUCCAGUCAGUGUUAGAAAUGGUUUGGGCUUCAGAGGAGAUGAUCCAGGAACUCCAGCGGCCUGUUAGGAACCAAUAAGUCCGCUGCUCUCCUAUGAUGGAGCGGGCCAUGGAGCAGCUAAAUGUACAGCUCAGCCGGCUGACCCGCUCCCUGCGCCGGGCCAGGACCGUAGAACUUCCACAGGACAAUGAGACCGCGGUCUACAUCCUGGUGCCAAUGGUCAUGGCUGACCAGCAUCGAUCUGUGUCAGAGCUGCUCCUCAACUCCAACUUUGAUGUGAACUACGCCUUUGAACGAGUACAGAGGAGUUUACUCCACAUCGCUGCCAACUGUGGGUCAUUGGAGUGUUUGGUUCUGCUGCUGAAGAGAGGAGCCAAUCCAAACUAUCAAGACAUCUCUGGAUGUACCCCUCUGCACCUCGCUGCUCGGAAUGGGCAGAAGAAGUGCAUGGGCAAACUAAUGGAAUAUAACGCUGAUGUCAACAUCUGCAACAAUGAAGGCCUGACUGCUAUCCACUGGCUGGCUGUUAAUGGGCGGACGGAGCUUCUGCACGAUCUGGUCCAGCACGUGUCUAAUGUGGACGUGGAGGACGCUAUGGGGCAAACCGCGCUACACGUAGCAUGUCAGAAUGGACACAAAACAACGGUGUUGUGUCUACUGGACAGUGGAGCGGACAUCAACCGGCCAAAUGUCUCUGGAGCAACACCCCUUUACUUCGCUUGCAGCCAUGGCCAGAGAGACACCGCACAGAUCCUGCUCUCCCGCGGGGCCAAAUACCUUGCUGACAAAAAUGGAAUCACGCCUUUGGAUCUUUGUGUGCAGGGGGGAUAUGGGGAGACGUGUGAGAUUCUCAUCCAGCACCAUGCUAGACUGUUCCUGAUGCUAAUCCAGAUGACACAGAAUGAGGACGUUAAAGAGAAUAUGCUCAGGCAGGUACUGGAGCACGUCUCCCAGCAGAGUGACAGUCACUACCAGAGGGUUCUGACUGGUCUAGCAGAGGUGGCCACCACCAAUGGACAUAAGCUUCUCAGCCUGUCCAGUAGUUAUGAAGCUCAGAUGAAAAGUCUUCUGAGGAUUGUUCGUAUUUUCUGCCAUGUAUUCCGCCUUGGGCCUUCUUCACCCAAUAAUGGGAAUGAUAUGGGCUACAAUGGAAACAAGACCCCUCGCAGCCAAGUCUUUAAGGUUUUCAAGCCGUUGGUCUUGGAGCAGAACUUGCAGUGGGCUGAAAACUUGCCCCUGGAGCUGCUUUGGCACUCACUGGACGAGUGGCUGAUGCUCAUCUCUACAGAGCUUGAAAGAACCAGGGAGAAUCCUUCCUCCUCCUCCUCUAGCAGUGAGAUAGCCUCCCUUCUGCGGAAGCAGCGAGACCCAGAGAACUACGGCACCGCGCCGAAGCUCUCUGGGCUCGAACAGCAGAUUGUCAUGGAGGCAGAGGUCUGUGUUGACGGGGAGGAUGUGAUCUCCAUGACGGCAAACAGGCUCAGUGCUGUGAUCCAGGCCUUCUAUAUGUGCUGCUCGUGUCAGAUGCCACAAGGAAUGACCUCCCCUCGCUUUAUAGAGUUUCUCUGCAAGCACGACGAGGUGCUGAAAUGUUUUGUAACCAGGAAUCCAAAGAUCAUCUUUAAUCAUUUCCAUUUUCUGCUUGAGUGUCCAGAAUUGAUGUCACGUUUUAUGCACAUUAUAAAGAACCAGCCUUUUAAGGAUCGCUGUGAGUGGUUUUACGAGCAUCUGCUGGCUGGCCAGCCGGACUCAGACAUGGUUCAUCGUCCUGUUAACGAGAGCGACAUCCUUCUCAUCCACAGAGACUCCAUAUUCAGGAGCAGCUGUGAGAUGGUUUCCAAGUCCACCAAUGAAAAGCUCAAACAGGGCAUAGCAGUUCGCUUCCAUGGUGAAGAAGGAAUGGGCCAGGGAGUGGUUCGGGAAUGGUUCGACAUCCUGUCCAAUGAGAUCAUCAACCCAGAUUAUGCUCUGUUCACCCAGUCAGCUGAUGGAACAACCUUCCAGCCAAACAGCAACUCCUCAGUAAAUCCGGACCAUCUGAACUACUUCCAGUUUGCGGGUCAGAUUUUAGGUCUGGCUCUGUACCACCGGCAGUUGGUCAACAUCUACUUCACCCGCUCCUUCUACAAACACAUACUGGGUAUUCCAGUAAACUACCAGGAUGUUUCCUCUAUCGAUCCAGAGUACGCUAAAAACCUGCAGUGGAUCUUGGAUAAUGACAUCAGUGAUCUGGGUCUGGAGUUAACCUUCUCUGUUGAGACGGAUGUUUUUGGAGCGAUGGAGGAAGUGCCCCUUAAACCUGGAGGGAGCAGCAUCCUGGUCACCCAAGACAACAAGGCGGAGUACGUCCAGCUGGUGACGGAGCUGAGGAUGACACGAGCCAUCCAGCCUCAGAUAAACGCCUUCUUACAAGGAUUCCACACCUUCAUCCCCCCAUCGCUCAUACAGCUUUUUGACGAAUAUGAAUUGGAGCUGCUGCUGUCAGGAAUGCCAGAGAUCGAUGUGGAGGAUUGGUGCAGAAACACGGAGUACACCAGCGGCUAUGACCCCGAGGAUCCUGUCAUCCAGUGGUUUUGGUUGGUGGUGAGGAGCCUCACCCAGGAGGAACACGUUUUACUGCUUCAGUUCGUCACUGGGAGUUCCAGGGUUCCUCAUGGGGGCUUCGCCUAUCUGAUGGGGGGCAGCGGUUUGCAGAAGUUCACCAUCGCUGCAGUGCCAUAUACCUCCAACCUGCUGCCUACUUCCAGCACAUGCAUCAACAUGCUGAAACUGCCAGAAUACCCAAGCCAGGACGUCCUCAGAGACAGACUACUGGUGGCUCUGCACUGUGGGAGCUAUGGCUACACCAUGGCCUAAACAUCCCAUGCUGCUAGGUUUUCAUCUUCUUCAUAUUUGCUUGUACUGUUAUUAUUAUUAUCACUGUUAUUAUCAUUAAGUUGUAACAAAAUGCUGGGAAAACUGAAAAUCUGCACACAUCUGUGCCAGAACUUGAAUCCUAUUAUUUGUUAAUUUUAUUUACUCAUCAGUUAGUAUUGUUUACAUCACUUAUUUAUCACUUAAGGUGUAUCAGCAUUAGAAGGAAUGAUGCUAAAUGUGUUUGAAGAGGAUUCUGUAUGUUCCAGGAGGUGGUCAGUCGUCUGUCCAAUCAUUACAGCUUCGUCAUAUUAAAGGUUUGAGCUAAUAGGAGCUUUAGCCAAAAUAACAGAACAAAGGGAAUCUUGUUUGUUUCUAACCGUUUCUACUACAGUGGAAAAAGAAUUCAACUUUAAAACAUUGCCGGGAAACCAGGUUUAAAAAAAAAAAAAAAAUGUUUUCAUUCCAUAUAAGUUAAACUGUUUGCUA